GUCGCGCGCUUCCAGCUCCACGUUUUGCACGAGCGCAGCUCCAGAAUUUAGUAUAGUCAGAUUCAAGGUUCUCUUUGCUCCGCCUCAGGCUUGAUUGUAUAUGAGUGCUGACCGAAAAGCGUGAAACAGUUUUUUGCGUUAUGUUUUGGUGCGGAGGUUGGAGUUGAAUGCGGUGUGCACUUGGACAGCAUACGGUUUUUAUUGACUUUGAUUAAGACGGAUUGUAAACUCUUUAAUCUCUGGGAUUGUCUGUUACUUUUGGCUGUUGCAGACUGCGGUGCGAAGCACUCAGCAGAUUUAAGCAGAGAGGGGAAUGGUAGACCGCAUGAUGGCAAUGAACCAUGGACGUUUCCCAGAUGCGGUUAAUGCUCUUCAGCAUCAGCACUCCGCGCGCAGGAUGGGAAUGGGACAGUUUUCAAACGCGCUUCAACAGCAGCAGCAGCAUUAUAACGUCAUAAUGGGAGACCACAUGCAAUACGCGGGAGGGAAUGUUAACGCGAACCACGGAAUCCGGCAUUCUAUCGGCUCUGGGAAUAAUAUGAACGGAGGGCACACCAAUGGCAACUUGCCUGCCCGCUUUAACUCCCAGUUUGUCGGACCCGCUGCUGUGACCAGCCAAGGGCAGCAGCUCGCCGCGAGCAUGCAGUUGCAGAAGCUCAACACGCCUUACUACGGUCACCACACGCAUCCUUCCCAUCAUCACCAUUAUAUGCAUGAACUACACCCCGCCAGUCACCAGUUAAACGGGACAGGGCAACAGUUCCGAGAGAGUAACGCUAAACAGAACACGUCUGGCGUGCCUCUGCCUGGUCACCACAUGCCUGCAGCAAUACUGCCCCCCAACGUUAUCGACACGGAUUUUAUUGACGAGGAGGUCUUGAUGUCACUGGUGAUAGAAAUGGGCUUGGACCGAAUAAAGGAACUGCCAGAGCUGUGGCUGGGACAGAAUGAGUUUGAUUUUAUGACGGACUUUGUCUGUAAGCAACAGCCCAGCCGAGUGAGCUGUUAAUCUCACUUAAAGAUCUCUGUGUUUUUUUGUUCUCUCCUUUUCCUUUGUCGUUUUUUAUGAAACAGAUAUUACUGGUGUUUUCUUUCCUAGAUCCAUAAAUCAGAACCAUACACAACAUUCAUGGAAGUAAACUUUAAUCAGCUGUUCCAUGCCAUUCUGUACAAGAAAUGGAUUUGUCUUGCAUGAGGAGUUUUGAGGGUUCGCAAAGGAUUGUAUUUGGACACCCAAUAGUCAUGCUAUGCAUCACAUACUGUAAGCAGUGGCCGGAGAGUGAGAAAAGCAAAGAAAGCCCAGAAAAUCUAAGAUAAAUGUUCAGUGUUAGUGUAUCGGAGUAUACAGACCAAAAAAAAAAAAAAAACAAGGAUCAUCUACAUGUAGAGACCUCCAGUGAUAACAGAUGUCAGUGAAUGCAUAUUCUAAAUAAUGUUGGUGAUUAUGUGACAUGAUUGUAGAUAAUAGUGUGUAAUUGUCUCAAUCAACAAUGUACUAUAAACUUUAUUGGCCAUAUUUACCAGAUUCCUGUGCUGCUCAAUGAUUCGAUGUUGAGCUGGUGCUUCAAGUUGUUCUUCUCCCCAACCUUUCAACUGAAUCUGAUACAUGUACUCAGACUCAUGUUGCCUUCAUGAAGCUUGUGUGUAUAUCAGAGCCUAAAACAUCUAUAGAAGUGAUAUGAAUUUGUGUGUUUGCAUUGGCUGGCUACUCUAUAUGCUUAAUUGAGUACAGUGUAUUGAAUGGUGACAGAUAAAAACAGGUAGAAAUCUAUGAAAGAGUCCAUUGUAGAUAUUGUAAUCCUGAAUGUUAUGGUCUGGAAUGUUUGCAAAGGAAGGGAAUGGGGAAAUAUCCCAACACAGAAGAUUUUCAUCUUCAUUGGUUUCCAAAAUAGAUUGACCACUGUGCUUAUUAUAGAAUGCGGUACAUGGCAAUACUACUGUGUUGAGGCUUUCUAGGAAAGUUUUACAGUAUUUUUGUAUAUUUUUAGAGGAAAAUGUUAAUUUAUUAUAUUUUAAUUUGCAAACAUGAAUAAAGCAGCAGA